AUGGCGAUGCCGCCGCCCCCGCCCGAUCGCGACCUCAAGGAAUUGAUCGAGGCGAAGGAGCGCGAGCUCGCGGACCUCGGCGACUACCGGCUCGCGCAGCUCGAAGCGGGCGUGCGCGACCGGGACCGCCAGCUCGACCUCGCGGCGCAGCGCCUCGACAAGCUCAAGGAGGACUUCUCCUACAACCUGUCGCUCAUCGCCGAGCGCGACGCGGAGCUCGCGACGCUCGAGGAGGAGCGCGGCCAGCUGCGCGACGCGGUCCGCGACCGCGACGACCGGUUGGAGGAGCUCCGGGGCGAGGUCGCGGACCGGGAGAAGGCGCUCGAGGGCGGCAACGAGAGCGCGGCGCAGCGCGAGGCCUACUGGCAGUCCAAGCUCGGCGAGCUGCGGAGCGAGGGCGACGCGCUCCGCUGGGAGGCCAAGGAGUCGGCGCGCGCGGCCAAGGAGGGCGAGGCGGCGCUGCGGCUCGAGUACGCGUCGAAGCUGCGCGACGCCGCCGAGGACGCCGAGCGGAGCCGGCGGGACCUGCAGCAGGCCCUCGAGGACGGCGGCCGGCGCCGCGACGCGGAGGUCCAGGUGCAGACCGAGAAGCACGACUCGCUCGUGCGGGCCGCGGACCAGCGCGCGGACGCGGCCGCGAAGCGCUGCGCGCGGGCCCUCGAGCUCAAGGGCGAGGCCGAGCGCGCCGCCGAGGCGUCGGCGAGCCGCUGCCGCGAGCUCGAGCAGCAGCUCCAGCGCGAGCGCUGGGAGCGCGACGACGACGGCCGGAGGUCCGCCGCGCGCGAGAAGGAGCUCGAGGAGCGCUUCGAGGCGCUGCGGUGCGGCGCGGCGCGCGCCGACGCCGACGCGCGCGACCGGCUCAUGGAGCUGUCCGCGCGGUCGGAGAAGGCCGAGGCGGCCGCGCGCGACGCGUCGGCCGCGCGCGACGCCGACGGCCUCGCGGCGACCAAGGCGCUGGAGACGGCGCUGGCAGCGCGGGACGCCGAGGCGUCGCGCGUGCGCGACGAGUCCGUGAAGCACGCCGUCGCCCUGGAGCAGAAGAAGCUCGGGAGGGCGCACUUCGAGGACUUGGAGCGCCGCCGCGAGGCCUACGACAACUCGCUCGACCUCGCGCUCGAGGACGCGCGGUCCGCGGCGCGCCUCGAGCACGAGGCCGUCCUCCGGGACCACGCGCGGGAGCUCGAGGCGCUCCGGGGCCGCCUCGAGGGCGCCGAGGCGCGCGGCGCCGCGCUCGCGGAGGAUCUGGACGCGCUCACGCGGCGGAAGCGCGACGACGACGCGGCGGCGAACCUGCGCUUCGACGAGGCGGCCAAGGACGCGGCGGCGCGCUACCGCGACCUCGAGCGGCGCCACGAGACCGACGUCGCGCGCGCGAAGGACGAGAUCCCCGAGGACGCGCAGGACGCGUUCCUGCGGUCCGAGCUCGAGCUCAAGGCCGAGCUGUCCCGCGCGCGGACGAAGCAGGACGUCGAGGACCGCGCGCGCGUCGCCGAGCGCGACCUGGCGCUGGCGACGUCCCUGCUGAAGACGCGCGACGCGGAGCUCGAGGAGGCGAAGACGGUGCUCGACCGCGAGCGCGCGCGCCACGCGCGGGCCCUCGACGUCGCGGCCCACCCGCGGCCGGGCCGCGCGCGCGUCGCGGGCGACGACGAACCGUCCGGCGGCGACGACCUGCAGGCGCGCGUCGCCGCGGCGAUCGACGCCAUCGGCGCCGCGCCGUCGAGCCCGCUCUUCAGCGACGACGCGGGCGGCGCGUCGCCCUUCCUCCAGGGUCUGGGCUCCGUCGAGAGCCGCUUCUCCGGCGGCGGCGGCGGCGCGUCGUCGGCGACGGAGGCGCGCCAGCGCGAGAUCAUCGCGACCAUGCGCGGCGACCUCGAGCAGAUCCGGAACGACGCCGCGCGCGACGCGCGGCUCCGCGACGAGGAGGUCGCCGUGCUCAAGGAGCGCGAGAGGCAGAACGACGCGGCGCGCAAGGACGCGGCCAUCGCCGUCGCGCGGCGCGUCGAGUCCCUCGAGCGCGACAUCGGCAAGCGCGACCGCGACCUCAAGCAGGUCCGCGGCGAGAAGCGCGCGCUCGAGGAGGCCCUCGCGAAGCUCAAGGCCCAGCUCCGCGCGGCGGCCGCGUCGCCCCGGGGGGGCAUCUCCGACGACAAGGCGCGCCAGCUCGCGCUGGCCGUGCGCAAGCUCACGCAGCGCAACGCGGAGCUCCAGUCGGAGCUCGCGCUCGCGAAGGCGCGCGCGGAGCCCGCGCGGCGGCCGCCGGCGCCGGACGACGACGACGACGACGUCGCCGCGUCGGCGAGCGCCCGCGAGCUCGCGAGCCUCAAGGCCCAGCUCGCCGCGCGCGACGCGCCGCGGCGGCCCGCCGCGCCGAAGCCCCGCGCGAAGGCGAGCCAGGCCAAGGCCGCGUCGAAGCUCGCCAAGCCGAAGAUCCGCAACUACAACGACCGCGACUGA